UUCAAUAACACAGCAACAAAAAGUACUGCAUGCAUUUCUAUGUGAAAAAAAAUAUACAAAAAACUUAACAGAAUAACUUAAAAGUUUACAUAUUUUUUAUGUGUACACAUCCCCAAUCGCAUUCAUGUUAAAUAUAUAUGUACAUACGUAACAACAAGAACCAAGAACAAGCCACCAAAAGAAAUAAAGUACAAACUGACCAAACAAAACAAAACAAACAAAAACUCAACUGAAGCACAUUAAACCCGUUACAAACUAAAAGCAACCGCGCAGUCAACAAAAACAACAGCAAGUGCAAAAGGUAAAAAGGAAAUAAACAAAUUUGCGGCGUGCGCAACAAACACGAAAAGUAAGCAAAAGGAGAAAAAAGGAACACGUAAAGAGUGUGUGCGUCGGGGCUAGCGCCAAAGCCAAAGCUUAACAGCAGCAGCCACAGAAAAAAGAAAGAAAAAAGAAGAAGGAGAAAGAAAAAACAGUAACAAUAGCAAACAGUCGACGCGCACUUCAUGCAGAAAAAUAAGAAACAGCACAAAACAUCGCCCCGGUCAUCAAAAUGAGCGCCCUCGACGCGUACCUAAAGCGUCCAGCGAAGACGGCGACCAGGUCAAGCUCGGAGCAUCCCAGCAGCGAUCAGGCGGCGCAGGCGGACGUUGAAGAUCUCAAAACAGACAUUCCCUACUUUGACGAUCCGCAGGAGCAGCAGCAGCAGCCAGAGGCUGAUCCUCAGCAACAGCAGCAGCAGCAGCGGGGAUUUGUGUCCGCCUGGUCGCCAGCUGAGGAGGCAGCCACACCCGAGACGCAGCUGCAGGAGGACCUGGAGCUGGAUGAUAGCUAUACGGAUUCGGAUUAUGCGGCCAGUGGCAGUGCCUCGAACAGCUAUUAUCAAUCGCCGACGCCAUCGAAUAGCGACAUAAUGCUGCGGCCGCCUUCCAACUCCAGCUUUCAAUACAGUUAUCCAUCGCCGGGAACUGGACCAGGUCCAGGUGGCGGCGGUGGCGGUGCUAGCAAUAGCAGCAGCAACAGCAGCUCAGCCGGUGGCAGCGGGCGACAGCAUGCGGCCUAUGGACAUUCCCAGGCGCUGGCGUUGCCGCCGCCGCCAUCGCCGAGCACAUCCUCGGCCAAUAUGUAUCCCAAUAUGUGGUAUCCGAAUGCAUCGUAUGGCAACCCAGGCGCUGGCCACGCCUACGGACGAUAUGCGGGCUGUGGCGUGCCGCUGGGGGCGGCUUCGUAUGCGACAGCUGUGGCACAUGGCAUGUUGCCACAUGGCCAUCACCAUCAUCAUCAUGCGCCGCUGCAUCAUUCGCAUACGCAUCCGCACCCACCUUCGCAUCCGCAUCCGCAUCCGCAUGCACUUCCACAUCCACACACGCAUCCGCAUCACCAGCAUGCGCAUCACCCGCAUACGCACGAGACGAUGAUGGAAAUGUUUCAUCUCUCGAAUAGCGGACGUGAGGCACGCAACCGAGCGGAAAAGAAUCGAAGGGACAAGCUAAAUGGCUCCAUACAGGAGCUGUCCACUAUGGUGGCGCAUGUGGCAGAGUCACCGCGACGUGUCGACAAGACGGCUGUGCUACGUUUCGCCGCGCACGGACUCCGCCUUAAAUACGUUUUUGGCAAAACGCUGCAUCAACAGCGGCCGCAGGUGACCGACACGCUAAUGGGCAUGCUGGAUAGCUUCUUUCUCACGCUCACCUGCCAUGGCCAAAUAGUGUUAAUAUCGUCUAGUAUCGAACAGCAUUUGGGACAUUGCCAGACGGAUCUGUAUGGCCAAAGCAUACUGCAGAUAACACACCCCGAGGACCACGAAAUGCUCAAGCAGCAGCUCAUACCCACAGAGCUCGAGAAUCUCUUCGAUGCGCACGCGGAGCCAACGGACGCCGACGGUGAGCCAAGACAGCGGAGCAAGUCCGAGGAGGAUUACAUAGAUCGCAAGUUGCGCGAUGAUCGACGCAGCUUUCGAGUGCGUAUGGCGCGCGCUGGCCCCCGCUCAGAACCGACCGCCUAUGAGGUGGUGAAAAUCGACGGCUGCUUCCGGCGGAGCGACGAGGCGCCACGCGGCGUACGCUCCAAUACGUUCAGCUCCAGCCUGCAGUUAAUAAGACGCACGCGUGGCCGUGACGAUGCCAUACCGCUACACACAAUUAGCGGCAAUGAUAUUGUGCUGACAGCUUGUGCGCGAAUUAUAAGGCCACCAAAGAUCGUUAAUCGUUUGUUUGAUGCGAACACUCUGGAGUAUCGUACACGGCAUUUGAUCGAUGGCCGCAUUAUAGAUUGCGAUCAAAGGAUCGGCAUCGUGGCCGGGUAUAUGACGGAUGAGGUGCGCAACCUGAAUCCCUUCACCUUUAUGCACAACGACGAUGUUCGUUGGGUGAUUGUUGCCCUACGCCAAAUGUACGACUGCAACAGCUCGUAUGGCGAGUCAACGUAUCGGCUCUUCACACGCAACGGCAACAUUAUUUAUCUUCAAUCCAAAGGAUAUCUGGAGAUUGACAAAGAGACCAACAAAGUGCAUUCGUUUGUCUGCGUCAACACGCUGUUGGACGAUGAGGAGGGCAAGCGACGUGUGCAGGAGAUGAAGAAGAAAUUCUCAGUAAUCAUCAAUACACAAAUUCCACAGUCGACGGUCGAUGUGCCCGCAUCCGAGCACCCGGCUCAGCUGGAGAAGGCGGUGCUCUGUCUUAUACAGAAUUUACAAAGCAGCGGAACGGAACAUGACAGCGAGCAGUUAGACGCAGAUGAUGAUGACGACGAUGCUAAUGAUGAUGGCGACGAGGACGACGGCGACGAUGUCGAAGAUGGCCUGGCUGCCUUAAGCUAUCCAGAAUCACAGCAGCACUCGCUUCCCCAUCAUCAUCAACGGCAUGGGCAUUCACACCAUAACUUCCUUGAUGCUAAUUCCAUGUCGCAGGCACGCCUGAGUGCUGGCAAUAGCAUGGGCAGCUCAAAGACACCUCCACUGGCAUUGGUGCCGCCUGAGACGGCGUCGGUGAAGUCCUCAAUAUCGAAAAGUGUCAGCGUGGUCAAUGUAACAGCUGCCAAGCAUUUGCGUGGCCUCCAUGCCACAACGACUGUCAAGUCGCCCAGCUCCAAGUCCGGAUCCGCGUCGACGCUGCUCGACAGCUGCAGUUGCUUGGGUGAAGGCGACUGUGACUACUGCCAGAGUCCGCCCACUCCCGAAACGGUCAUCAGCAGCACAUCCGUUUCUUUAAAGCGCAGCAGCAGCAGCGUAGCGGGACCAACAGAUGCCCAGGAGACGGAUAUAAGGCAGGCCAAGCGACGCUUCAUGCCAAGCACAGACAUUGAGCACGUGCUGAGCAAUUCGCUGGAGCAGAUCGAACGGAACCUGCAUCAGCAGCUGAAUGUGGCGGCCCAGCUGCGGGAUCAGAGCAAUCGAUACGAGCUGCCGCAUGCCAACCAGCGCAUCGACGAGAUCCUGGAGGAGCAUCAGAAGCAGAGAAAGCUCUAUGUGAACAUCAAGAGCGAAUACGAAGAGCAGCUGCAGAGCAAGGCGAAUGCAACGAAAACGGAAUCCGAUAGCCAGGGCAGCACCAGCAGCGGCAUACCCUAAACGGGGCCAUA